GGGAUGUGGAUGCGGAUGACGCGCUGCGCUGUUCCCAAAAAACACUCGCCCGCUCACUAAACGGAUCGGCCACCCUUCUUUCCUCAACUCUCCACCUCACACCCUCACUUCCCGUACCGAGUAAGAAGCAGCAGGAGCAGCAAAACCAGACAGCUAGCAGCUGAUUCUCCGAAUCAUCUUAAAUCCUCAAAUCGUCGGUGGAGGAUCGGAUUGUGUCUUUUGCGUGACUUUUACCGUGUCACACACGGUGUGUAUGUGUGUGUGUAGGUAGAGUUGUACGCUAGUUUCGUGAAAAAGUAACACCCAGCAAGUGCCGUGUCCGUGUCCCUUACUGACUCCCGUGAUCACAAUCAAUCGACAGACGUAGCCCCUCCCCCCCAACUCCUCCUCCUCCGGGACCGGGGUUGAAACACGCGAUCAACAAUGGCUUCCUCCCAACCACCACCACCGACGAAUGGACGUACGGCGAAGGGUGGCGACCAGCUGCAGGUGCUACAGGAGCACUUCCAGAAAAUCGACCUGACCCAGAAGGAGGGUGAGGGCGGGGGCGAGCAACCUUCGCCGUCGCCAUCGUCAUCGCUGGCCGAUCGCUUCGGGCGCUUUUGUGCUCGGUGGCACAUCAAGAAGGUCCUGUCGCACCUUGGACUGCUGGUUUCGCUCGCCGUCUACUGUGGCACCGGUGGCUACGUGUUCCAGAAGCUGGAGCGUCCGGCCGAGCUGGCCCGGACACAGGGAUUGCGGGAGUCGCUGGUCGAGCAUCGGCACCAGUUCAUCUACUCGAUCGUCAACAACACGGACGUCCGCAACCUGGAGCGGCUGUUCGAGCUCGAGCUGGAGAGGUACGAGCAGGUGGUGCAGGAUGCGGCCCAGGGUGGCAUCCUGAUCGAUGCCGAACAGCACUUCCCGGUGGCCGUGGAGAAGUGGAGCCUGCUGCAGGCCGUCUUCUUUGCCUCGACCGUCAUAACGACUAUCGGUUAUGGUAACAUUGUGCCGGUGACGGAGGGUGGGCGCGUGUUCUGCAUGCUGUUCGCGCUGAUCGGUAUCCCCUUCACGCUGACGGUGAUCGCCGAUUGGGGCCGGCUGUUUGCCGGUAUCGUCUCGACGCUGGCGAAAAACAUACCCGCGCUCCGGCUGGCCAGGUUUUGCCCCGAUACCGGCAUCAAGAUGAAGACGGACAAGAAGUGGCUGUACGCGGUCGGUUCGGUGGGCUUUCUCCUCGUCUACCUGGCCGCCGGUACCGGGCUGCUGCUGCUGUGGGAGGAGGACUGGAGCUUCUUCGAUGGUUACUACUUCUGCUUCAUCACGAUGACGACCAUCGGUUUCGGCGAUCUGGUGCCCAGCAAACCGAACUACAUGCUGUUGUGCACGCUGUACAUCCUUGUUGGGCUGGCACUGACCAGCACCAUCAUCGAGCUGGUCCGCCGCCAGUACGCGCAAAGCUGGCAGAAGCUCCAGGCACUGUCCGGACCGCUGGCGGACACGUUACGGCGGUUGGGCGAAUCGGCCGGCACCGGUAUCGAUGUGGCGGCCCUGCACAACGAUCUGCGCCGCGUACUGACCGUGGUGUCGAUGCCGCGGCGCCACGGCAACAAGAAGGCGGCCGCGAAGGAGAUGGCCGCCCUCGAGGCCAUCACCAACGCGAUCCUGCAGGACAUCAAGGAGAAGCAGGACAGCCAGGAACCGGGCGGACCACCAAAGGUGCUACAGAUCGUCAUCUACGAGUCGUCGGUCUAGUAGUAGUCAACCAGUUCCACAAGGCAGUCGCAGGCGGUCGCAGCUGUCAACAACGCCGUUUGUCACCACAUAGUACCGACCUACUACUACUCCAGUUCCCGAGUCACACUCCCACACUUUUUCUUUCCGAUCGCCCUGAUAUUAUCGCCUUAAUGUACCGCCCUACAGUGACCGGCAUAAGUAAAAGCCCACCCCUUGAUUUUUGUAGAUUUUUGACUAUAAAUCCUACAUUUUCUAUCGUAUCCGGCAAGUGUUGUGGUUUUCUUGAAGGUUUAACAUUCCUCUUUCAGUUUCACUAGCUUUCAUCUCGAUUGGAUUGAUAACAAUUUUUUGAUAAAUGUUUAAACGAGAGAUGGUCGAUCACAGAUGUGACAAAAGUAAAAGCCCACCUACAAUGAAAUUUCCCUAACAAUUAAUAUGGUCCAUCCUUAGCUCAGAUUUUAAGUUACAGGUGUUUUGGCAUGACGUCUACACGAUUUCAGGUGUAUUGAGGUUCAAACUUGUUGAAUAACUUCCAAAAAAAUAAUUAUUUUGAUAAUAACAUAAUUCUUAAUGAAAUUUUUAUCUAAAAUUUCCCACAAAUUCUUGAUCCGUUAAAAAUCGUGGCUUUGAGAAGGCCAUUUGAGAAGGGGAGUGACACGGGAACAUUAAAAAAUAUUAGUUAUUUUAGCAGCAUGCUUAGGUUCACUGCCCUGUUGCAUAACAAAAGUGCUUUUAAAUGGGCUUAUUCGUACUGAGUCCAUCAAAUAGUUAUUAAGGGUGUCAACAUAAUUUUCGCCCGCCAUAAUACCAUCAUUUUCUUUAAAUUGUCCACAAGAGCCAUGGAAAAUCCACCCCGUAACUUCAUACUACCACCACCGUGCUUGAUUAUGACCAGUACAUUACGUUCUUGCAAACCAUGGUUUAUUUUCCGCCAAUCUCUUUCGUAAUAAUGUAUAUUAAAUGUUUCCAUUUAUGAUUCGUCAGACUAUAGAACAUUGCUCUAGCCUUCUUUUAACUUGGUUACACAUUUCCGGGUGAAAUUCAAACGUUUAACCCUAUUUUUGGCUUAUAAACGGAAGAGUUUUAGCAUACGCACUCUUGUACUCAUGUAGAGCUAUUCUAAUGUGGCAUAGUUUGCUUCAAAAUAGACAGCGACAGGGUUUUCAUGAUGGAACAGAUAGUUAAUUCUAAUGAUUUCCUA